AUGUCGGCCACAAACGGAGUGCUAACCCCUCCGUCACCACUUGGCUCCACCACCGCAUCGACAUCGACAUCGACAUCGGCCACGAAACGCAAGCGCUCAUCCAGCGGAGACCAUGGUCAAAUCAACGGCAUCGACACUCGGCAGAACGCGGAAGAAGAAGCGGCGACGGCAACAGAGAGUCGGUCUCAAGCGCUGUUCGCGGACAUACUGGAACUGUUGAAAAGCUAUGACACUACGCCCUCGUUGUUACAUCAUCCUCUCACCGACAAGACGCAUCGAUCGACUUCCGGAGAGCCGACCGCAAAACGGAAAAGGCUGUCGCAGUCGUCAGAACCCACUUCGAUUGCCGCCCGGCUGCAGGAAGGAACAUACUCGUCCUUGGAUGAGUUGGUGGAGGAUGUGGACGCGGCUUCGUCGGCUUUGCUUGAGCCUUUGAAGGCCAGAGAAGCGGCAAAGAGCCCAGGAAAAGGAUCCAAACACGACCGACCGACUCCCGAGCAUUCUCCUCAGGACACUCGCUUGAUCACCGGCACACUCGCGUUCAAGAAAGUGUUGAAUGACAUCAUCCUCCGACGAUCCCAAAUUAAACCCAGAGUAACCGCUACCCGGACGGAGCCGGGGAGUGUCAACAAGAGCCCGGCUCUCACCAAUGGCAUUAAGGAGGAGCCUGCUGCCCGCGAUUUCGCUGAUGCACUGAAGGAUGGGAGGACGGUGCUCACCUUAUACGCUAACGCUCAAGGCCCAAGGCAGCUGUUCUCGAGUCUGCAGACGCCAACACGGGUUGGGCCGUCUCCAGAUACGCCGUCAUCAAACCUGGACAUCGCUGUCGGAGUUACAUUACCGUUACCCGAAGACAGCCUGCCCAAUGUGCUCAGUACCACCAAAAUCCUUAAAGAAAACGCGGAAGAUGCGGUAAGCGGCAAAAAACGCGGCCCUACAUUCGGUGACCUUUUCGCGCCUCCCGCAUCGGUACCCAAGCUCAGCCCACCCAAACCCGCUAAGCAAUCGACAACCCGUGGCUCCACCGUCCAAUGGGCACCACACGACGCUAUCUCGAGAGGCCGUAGAGGAUCGACCUAUACAACACAGCCGCUCACGACCGGGCAGUGGCUUGGCUAUGGCGGCGUAGAUGCGCCGCAGGAGCCAUCCUCUCCCACAGCGAAACGAAGGCAAAGGGAUCGCGCGCUCAGUACUGGGGAGUCCAAGCCGCCACUCUCGGAAGCAGAUGCCGCUGUUAUUCAGCAGGCAAAAGCUGAUGCGCUGUUUCGGAGCGUUUAUUCGAGUUUUGCCCCCAGCCGCGAUGACGCGAUAGCAAUUGUGCCGGAAGAGCUGAAAAGCCGGAUGUGGUGGCAUAAGGCUGGUGAAAACCGACUGCUGGAAUCCGCAAUCGAUCCAGCGCUCCUGGCACUUCAGCCUGGUCAAGCGGCGGGCGGCCGUAUCACCGAUGGGCAAACUGAAGAAGACGAGGAUUUCAAAGCAGCCAUCGAAGAUUUUGAGCCAGAAACAAUCGAGGGUGCUUAUGGCUCGGAAGUUGCGGACAAGCAAGCCAGGGAGGUUGAGGAGAUUCUAAGAGACAUCUCAGAGCUGCUGGAGACUCUCCACUCGUACCAGCGAAUUCGGAACGCGACGCUCACGUCGACGCCACGAACUCCGGCAGCGCAGAGUGCGCCAAUCGCAUUGGUCACCGGCAGUCCGUCGAGUCCCUCGGAAGCAGAGAUUGAUGUGUACAAGAUGUUGAAGACUCAACUAUCGUUGAUGAUCGCGACCUUACCACCUUACGCGGUUGCUAAGCUAGACGGUGAGCAGUUAGCCGAGCUCAACAUCAGCAAGAACAUUAUGGUCGAGACUAAGGACUAUCGGGGUGUCAUGGAAGAGGACGCCGUAUCUCUUCUGGUGAAGUCGGCUCUUAGUGCUGCAGCCGGAGCAACAACGCCUCGCGUCAGCUCAGGUGGCGCGGCUCAUCCAUCGCAGUACUCGGCCUCGUCGAGCCAGUAUGCGCGUCCGCCGUCCAGCGUCCAGGUGCCCAUUGCUCGUUCCGCCGCGCAUCCAGCAAGCUAUCUCCCGCACCAGCAGCCUCCGGCUCGGACACCUUCCGGGCCACUUCCGCGAUCAUCCAGCGGCAAUCUAUCGUAUCCCGCAACUUACCCUUCAAGUACUCCACGGCCCUCCUACGGCUCGGCGACCUACGCCCAGCAAACACCACGCGCAAGCUACAGCCAAUCCAACUCGCAGCAGUACUACCAGCAGCCCUCAACUCAGCCCAAACCGGCCUACACCCCGCAUCAAUACUACCAGUCCACCCCAACAUCGCAGUACCAAAACCGCUACCAGCCGAACCCAUCCGCAUACCAACCACGCCCACCCUCCACCCAACCAGCCUACAACAACUACACCGCCUCCUCGCAAUCCCCACACCCCCGCACCGCCUCCCCCCUCAAAGCCCCCCUCCCGCCCACCAGCACCGCACAGGGCCAAUACACCCAACCCCGCUCCUCCGCCUCCGCCUACGCCACCCCGGCAACAAACCCCUCCCAGCACCGCCAGUACUACCAGCCCUCCAGCACCGCCACGAACCAGGCACUACCGGCACCACCACCGCCGCCGCCAGCGCAACAGUACAUGGCCCAACCCGCUACUCCGUCCGCGCUCGGCCCCACGGGUUAUCACACCAGCAUGACGACGGCGGAGCAGCAGAUUAUGAUGGAUCGGCAGAGGGCGCAGUUGGCGAUGCAGCCGGGGGCGGCGGCGGGGAGGGUGCCGCAGGCGAAUAUGGGGGGGCGCGCGAGUGGGACGCCGCAGCCGGGAGUUGGGACACCGGGUGGGCCGACGGGUGGGGGGUUGGCGGGGCAGGGGCAGGUUAAUGGGACGGCGGUGCAUGCUUCGUAA